CCGGACCAGGAGCUCCAGCACCAACAGCAGCAGCAGAAAUGUAAAGAUGGAUUAGAAAAUUAUGUGCCUCGGCUGCCAUCGUCAACAUGUUCCCGGGAGUUUUCUAUGCACUGCUGGCGGGUUUCCUCGGGGCUGUGGCGUCGUCGUCGGCAAAGCUGUCCCUCGGAGCCGACUACCUGAAGGGAGUCUGUGAAACCGGACUCCGGACGUGGGGAGAGCAACGGAAAUUUAGACAAGCGGAUGAAACUACCACCUGUGACCGGCUCCAUAUCCCUCUGAGGCUGCUGUGUGGCGGACUCCUUUUCACCUGCAACGCUGUGAUGUGGACCUUCCUUGCUAAAGCACUCAGGUAUUCCUCUUCCUCCACCCGAACCACUGUGACCACCACCGCCUCGAACUUCAUAUCUUCCGCUUUCCUUGGCCAGCUGAUCUUUGGUGAAGCCCAGAUAACAUUGUGGUGGGUUGGGAUCUCUCUGACCUUCUCUGGUCUGUUGGUACUGCAGAGGGUUUCACCACAGGAUGGACAACAGAGUGCAGUUGCCAAGAAGGAUGAAUAAUAUGUCUCGUCUCCACUGGUUCAGUUCAGCCUGGCUCCAGCUGGCUGUGGUAUGUGGUGUGUUUUGUGGUGUCUGGCUGCCAACUCCUCCGAUUUUAACAUCUAGCCCAAGUGAAAUCUGAAAACAGCAGUUGUGUUUAGAGUAUUUUGUUCUUCAACUCGAGUACGCAUACUUAGCAUGUACUUCCUGUAACAAUAACUUACUACUCUACAGUGAAAGGAGAAGAGCAAUUUGUUGUUAACUUUACAAUCAUGUAUUUUCGUAAAGAAAUUAUUCCCUGUUUGAACUAUUCAACUAAAUCCAACUUAAAUAGUGUCCUUAUUUGAAAUCAGUGACUAUUUAUGCUUCAGUUUGUAGCCAUGCAGGCUGUGAAACCCUGCUGGCUCAGCUGUGGUGCAGCCUUGUUUAGUCCUGUUCUAAAAUCAGAGGAGAUGCUGGCUCUCAGCCAGUCUGGACAUGGCACAGCUAAAGUCUGGCUAGUGGAGACAAGCUAAUGGAUGCCUGCGUUCAGUUUCCCCAGAAGCUCUAAAAAUCAUCUUUACUCACAGUCUCACAACGAAGCAAAAAUGACACAAGCUUUACGAUACGCUUUGGAAACCAUUUAGUUUGCUUUCUUUCUCAUAGUUCGAUGAGAAUGUUGAUCCAUGAUACUACUACUGAUCAUCCCAUCAAACUCUUGGAAAGAAAGCAAAUAAACAUAUUUCAAGAGUCAAACUAUUCUUUUAAAGGGAGAGGAAGAGAAUACACAAGAUGAAUAUAAUUUGGGGACCUGUGUGCAUAUUGACAGACUGAUCUGAAUCGGAAUCUUUUGGGUUUUCUUCACGAGUAAUAAACUGUUUCCCAUGUGCAUGACGUUACCAUCUGUCAGCUUGUGCAUUAUGUAUUGCAGCCAUUAGCUCACCAAAGCUUUCUUAAUUCUCACAUUUCCUUAAGUUACUAUGACACUCACUGUAAACACCCUGCACUGACAUUCCAUUUUAUGCAUGCUCAAGGGGAUGUUAUAAGCGAAGCUAAAGAGGCGUACUUUCACAAGUAAUAAACCUACAAAUGUAGCGCUGAAAGGCUCAUUCCUGGUAUGAUUUUGCCCUCUGCCAGGGUCUUUCUUUUACUUUUUCUUUGCCUCUUCUUGAUAGCUUCAACCUUAACCUCAAGAUAUGAGCAUGACACAUGUUUUGAUCCAGAGGCAGCUGGUCUUCCAUUUCAUGAUAGACGUGUGCAUAUUCCUACCGAGGCCUGAACUCAGAUAAAUCACACCAAAGCAUCCUGGAGUGUCAUUUCACAUCGGAGUGAAGUCCCCGUGAGCUGCUUUAUUUUAAUAAACUUGUGACUUAGGUGGCCAAACUGUCUCUCCAGCGUCAGAGACAUCACACGG